AGUCAAUACUGUCACAAAGUGUUGGUCUAGUUGGGAACGAGAACUGAAUUUUUUCGCUUUCAGAAAUUGCUGUGUUUUCACAAAGUUCGGUCCGAAAAACUAAUAUAAAAACUAACUUUUGAUAAAAUAAGUGUUAUAUAUUGAGAAUUUAAUAAGUACAACCACACUUCACCAGUGAAUAAUCUUUAACGUGGAAUCGAUAAAUAAAAUCCAAAAAUUAUAAUGAGUGCUCAACCUAGUCCCGCCUGCAUGACUCCAUCAACCGAACAGGAAAGGGUAUUUCAAUGGAUCAACGAAUUGGCCCAUCCCGAGAGCCGCGAAACCGCUUUACUCGAAUUGAGUAAGAAACGUGAAACAGUGACAGAUCUGGCGCCAAUGCUAUGGCAUAGCUUUGGCACUACUGCCGCCCUACUACAAGAGAUAAUUAACAUUUAUCCAUCGAUUAAUCCUGCCACACUCACUGCGCAUCAAUCAAAUCGUGUCUGCAGUGCGUUAUCGUUGCUGCAAUGCGUCGCAUCGCACCCGGAGACGCGUACAGUGUUCCUUCAGGCACAAAUACCAUUGUUCCUGUAUCCAUUUUUACAAACCACAUCUAAAACACGGCCAUUCGAAUACCUUAGGCUAACAAGUUUAGGCGUAAUUGGCGCACUAGUUAAGGCUGAUGAGCAAGAAGUGAUAACUUUCCUUUUAGCAACAGAAAUCAUUCCACUGUGUCUGCGAAUAAUGGAAACCGGCUCGGAACUGAGCAAAACUGUAGCCACAUUUAUCCUGCAAAAAAUAUUGUUGGACGAGAGCGGACUUUCGUAUAUUUGUCAAACGUAUGAGCGGUUUUCGCAUGUUGCUAUUAUUUUGGGCAAAAUGGUAAUACAACUUGCCAAGGAGCCCUCUGCACGUUUGCUGAAGCAUGUCGUACGUUGUUACUUGCGUCUUUCCGACAAUCCCAGAGCACGUGAGGCUUUGCGACAAUGUCUUCCAGAUCAGCUGCGUGAUGCGACAUUUUCGGUAUGUCUACAGGAUGACAAAUCCACGAAACACUGGCUACAUUUACUCAUUAAGAAUUUGGAGUUGGGUGCUGUUGCGCCAACAGAUCCACGUCAAAUCGGCAUGUCGCCUUUGACGUCGUAAACAGCAGCAAAAACGCGCCGUCUAUAGUACAUAUACAUAUGAAGUGCAGCUAAAAGUGCUGUUGUUGUAUGCUAAGAGUUAUACACGCAGCGCAGUCCAAACAACAACCCAGCCAAGUAUACAACAGAGACUUCAGACAGACACUCAGCCCCAACUAACUAGAUUAAAUUAAAAAUACGCAAAUACAAAUGAAAAUCUCUUUUUACUUAAAAAUGUAAUAAAUAACCAAUGGAAAGCAAAGCAAAUCAAAUUACACACAACACCACAAGGGACUACUUAAAUACUUAAACAUAAACAAAAAAAAAAAAAAACAAUUUAAAGUCGUGAUAGUAAUUGCAAAAAUAGGAAUGCAUUAUUAAAUAAAUAAUAACUAAGAAUUAUGGUAAUAAGGAUAAAAUAUAUAACAAAGGAGACUGUUUAUAUGAUAAAAACAUAAAGCAAAAAUAUGAAAAGAAAUCCCAAAUCCCAAAAAAAAAGAGAAAAACUAAAUAAAUUACUGAUGAAAAAUAUAAGAAAAUUUAUGUAGAAAAAGAGUGAAUAUUAAUUAAAUUAUGUAAUAAUUAAGAAUGGCGGUACCUAAAAUAAAUUGGAAAUAAUAAGAAAUAAGUACACUUACACAUAUUACAUAUGGGUAACACAUUUACCCUUGCAAUUUUGCUGUAAGAAAAAGCUGAUUUCAUUGCUUACUGCAACGUGUAACCAAGGUGAAUGCACUUUGUUAGAUUAGAUAAGAAAGUCAAAUGAAUUGAUUUUCCGUGCGGCUGUUCAGCUUUCCUCAGACGUUUGUAAAACAUAUAGAUACAGGUACAGAUAUUGAACGAAUAUUAUAUUAUAUGUAGUUUUUUUUUUUUGGCAAACUUAGCUUAAAUUAAUGGAAAGUGCAGAAAAAUAGUAUUUUAAUUAAAAUUUGUGAACAUAAACUAAAUACGUUUUUUUACAUAUAAAUUGUUGUAUUGACUAUAUAUUGUUGUAUUGAUUACAGCAGAAAACGAAAUAGUUCUUUAAAUUCUACAUACUUAGGCAACGAUUAUGAAAUGGAGUAUUAAUAUUUCAAUUAAAUGGGCAGAAACUCUGUGUAAUAUGAAUGUUAUGAAAUGAGCGAAGUGAAAAGUGAAGCAUUAAUAUAAUAAGUUCGCCAGAAAAUAUUCAUUAAUUUCGAAUUAAAAUACGAAGCACGCAUUUCCACUGAAUGCCUUAAAAGCAUUUGCUAAUAAAUCACAAGGAACGUUUUGGUUUUUUUUAAAUUGCUAUUUCUAAGCUAUUAAAUAACAGCUACAGCCUAUAUACAUAAGUCACUAUACAUAAAAUUUGUUAUUGAAUUGAGAAAAUCGCUCGUGCUCAUGCUCGUAUAAUUCUUUUUGUUUUAUUGAAACCGGGUUGAUGAACGCGUCACCGCACACUAUCAGCGUUAUAUAAUUGGAAAGCUAUGUUUUUAUUUUACUAAGUCCACAUUUACAGUAACUUAUAGCAGAUACGAGACACAUUCAUUUACAUACUUACUGCAUUGUAUUCUACAUUUGUUUUUCGUAGUAGCCUACGUCAUUUAAGCGCAUCCAUUGCCGGGACAGGACAGGGACUAUUGGCUAUGAAUUGAUGAUAUCUUUUGUAUAAAAGUCUAGAAUUAAGUAACUUAUUUUUCGUUUUUUAAAUUGAAUGAAGCCAACAUUAGCCGCUAUUUGUGUAUGAAGAAAACUAGUUGAUUUAAAUUACAAGCAAUAAUUGAAUUAAAAAAAUUGUACAAAAACAUAGUUUUAGUUCAAAAUGAUUGCCAAAAAUAAAACUUAGCUGUAAAUGCAAAUGGAAAAAAUUACAACUCAUUUUUUUGUUCUUAACUGCCCUCAGUUGUGUGCUUAGAAAAGCGUACGAGUUUCCGUUUAUGUACAAAUAAUAUUAAUAAUAAUUCGUAAACUGAGUUGCCAACGUUUUGUAAUGUACAGAUUUGUCAACAACCGUAUUAGUAAUAAACACUUUUGAAAUGCUUUACAAAUAGAAAAUUGAAUGAAAAUGUAAUUUUAUAAAAAAUUUCAAAGCUAUUUUAUUUUGUUAUAAACAAUGCUGUGUAUAUUCUCAAACUGUUCACUUAAAAACACCAAACUUUAGUGCUCACAAACACUAAAAAAAAUUGAAUGAAAUUUAUAAAGCUGAAAGGAUUAAAAUGACUAGUUUUUGAAAGCUCAAAAUUAAAUAUUUCUGUGCGUGCGACCUUUUAUGCAAAUCAAUAAUUGUUUCAAUACGCAAAUUCUGUUGAUUAACUAAAAAACAGCGUUAAUUUUGAUGAAAAUACUUCCGAAACUUAUUUGACGUAUGGGAUGUUUGUACGUAACCUCACAUAUGUAUGCAUGAAAGAACUGCAUAAGUUCCAAUUCGACUGCUGAAAACCAACUUCUUAGAGGUUAGAUCUUCUUUUAUUCAAGCGCUCUUAUGCCGCAAUUUGUAUAAAUUAGCUGGUUAUACAUAUAUCAGGUAUCAAAAAUAAAAAAAAACUGCACUAAAACAACCAACUGAGUCGCAGCAGCUGCAAUAGUUUAUAAUAAUUAUAUUUUUACUACUAAUCGGCCGUAAUGUCAAUUGAAGAAUUUUAUUAGUAAAAAGAAAGCGCUUGCAAUGAUACAAUAAUUAAUUAAAAUAAAUAGAGUUGUACAUAAGCCUGGGUGACAGCCUUUAAAAAUAUCAAAAUAUUUGAAUUUAGCAAAAUUGAAAGAAAAUGCAUAGCAAAUCUAAAGUUAAAUGAUGACUAACUCCGCACAUAUGUGGACAGAUGUGAGAAGUGGCCACUUCACUUGUCUGCUAAAAUUAAAGUGUAUGUUAAAUUAUGUAAAUUAAUCAAACGAGCAACUAUGAAUAGUUAUAACUCAUGCAAAGCGUGAUUUUUUUAUUUUUGUACAGUGCGUGAGCUGUUGUUUGAUGGCGAUCGCUCAAAAACAUUCUACCGCAAAAUAGGAGUGUAACAUAACCCAGCAAAUAAAAAAGAAGAAAAUACCAAAAGAAUGCCAGAAAAUGUUAUAUAGCUAAAAGUGAAUGUUCGACGAAUAAUUGAAAGCAUAUACAUAAAUAUUAGCAUUGCUGAGCGCAUUCGCAUUCAACAGCCAAACUCCAAGGCGCGCCCACGUGGUGGCGCAGCGAAGACCAAUGCAAUGCAUAGCAUACCCAACUGCCCAAGAAAUUAUUGUUGCAUUAAGUUUUGGCUGCCGAUUUUCAUACAUUCAAUAACUUAAAACUCCAAUCAUUCAUAUCAUUCACUUGGCAACAUGUUAAUUGUGAUUUAUUUUUAAGCAAUGGCCGUCCCGCCAACAACCUCUUCUUUUAAAGAUUCUGUAUCCUUAUUAUCCAUUAAUACUAAAUUCUUCAGCAGAGAAAUUAUUCAUUCCCUUGCAAUGUUCAUCGUUGUAUGAGUGUGCGUGAAUGAUUGUAUGCUUUGGGACAACGUUUUAGUUUGCGCGCAACGAACUGCCUGCUGCAAACACUUUUAGCUGCAAAUCAUUGUAAAAUAAUUGUAUAAUUAAAACAAACAAAAUUAAUUUUUGAUUGUUCGUUUAAGACAAAUGCAUCAUACGAGAGUAAAAUACAAAUUUCGUUGAGUCGAAACAUUUAUAAUCUCCUUAAAUAUGAACUUGUCUACUUACAUACAUAUUAACGUAACACACGCAGAUUGUGCUAUACUAUACGUAUGUAUGUACACAUAAAUAUGACUUGGGUUCGAUUGGAACCUGCAUGUAGCAUAGCGUAAUCACAACUUAAAUUGUAAACUUAUAUCAUUCUUUGUAAAUUGUUAUUAUAAACCAGCAUCCUAACUAAGUUAAGUUUAAUAUAUAUAAAUUUUUCGUAUAAUUGGGUUACGUUUAAAAAGCAUAAAAGCAAAACUGCGUUUGUAUGUAUCCGUGGUUAUAGCCAUUUACCUAAUUUUUAACUUCAUACCUGCAUAAAUAAAUCGUAAAUGUAUCAUACUUUAAAUAUUCUUUUCUUCCUAAAAACAUUUCCUAAUUUAGUUUGUAUACAUAAAUAUUUUACAUAAAUUUUGAAUUACUACAUAUUUUUUAACUAUAAAUACAUUUUCAUGUCACAUUUAUAUUUAUUUUAAAUGUUUGUAUUAAAGAUUAAUCGUGCGAUUUGCCGAAGUUUUAAAUUUUUCCUUGGUUUUAUUUAUUGUAAUUUGGUUUUACUUUUUCCUCCAUCAUCUACCCCACAGCUAGGAGCGUGUUACCCAAAAUCCAACUCAGUCUGCCAGCGUUGACGAUGAUGCCUUAGUGUUCUAUUAAAUACGUAUGUACGCGCAUUUCGUUUGUUUAAUCAUAUAAAGAGCCAUAUGUAUGUAUGUAUGCAUGUAUGUAUGCAAACAAGCAGUUUUAGACUAUGUUGAAUAAAUUAGAGCUAUUAAAAUAUUUAUCCUAAUA